CAAUUUUCGCUGUUUUUCACCAAGUUUUGAUAAAAUUGAAUUCCAAAAAAACAGAAGGCAAAUUUGUACAAAUUUCAAUACGAUCUUCUGUCGGCAACGAUGCUCGAUGGUUGGUACUGUCGUUCGAUGAACGAACAAGCACUUCAGCAACAGCAGCAGCAGCAACAACAUCCACAUCCGUCCCAGUCGCAAAGCCGAAACUCGCUGGAUGGUGACGAUUUGGGCGACCGGGAAGAUCGGGACGGUGGCGACAGCUCCGGCCAGGAAGAGGACAGCGACGAGGAUGUUCUGCCGAGAAGGCGCAACAUUGACUACAAGGCACAGUACAACACUCUCAAGAAGAAGCUGAAGUAUCUGCUCUAUGAGAAUGAAUUCUUCCAAGAGAAUUUACGCACCAGCCAGCGCCGGCUGUUGAAGGUCACCCGCGACAGAUCAUUCCUGCUGGACCGGCUGCUGCAGUACGAAAAAACUGAUCUCACAUCUUCGGAAAGCGAAGACACCGAAUCGUCGGAUGAUUCGUCGAAAAUGGAACCAGCUCCGACGGUAGGUCGGAAGCGCAAGAACGACGCGUCCGGUUCGAACAAUGCUUCACUGAUAAAGAAUCCACCCAAGCGGAGGAAACCCGGUCCGAAGAAGCAAAUUCCUCAGCAGGUAGUGCUCCAGCAGCAAGCCAUUCUGCAGCAGCAACGACAGCUGCAAGCUCAACAUCAGGCGCAGAUUAUGGCCCAGCUGCAGGCUCAGUCGCAGCAGUUCCACCAGCAGCAUCAGAUUGUCAACAAUCACCAUCAGCAGCAGCAACAGCAACAACAGCACCAGGAAGGCCAUCUGACGACGGAGGAAGUCGAGCGACACCUGCAAUCGCGGGCCCAAUCCAUGCUGGAGGUGGUUCCGGAGGGGGAGCUGCCGAACGAGAUGUUCAGCCAGAAUCCAUCCAGCGAAUCCAAUGACCAGAUGGUGGACACUUCACCGAGCAACAUCGGCGAGGAGUGCCUGUCGGUCGAUUUGAACAUGAUGCAACAGGAAUGACCGCAGGACUGCAGUUUGUGUCUGUAGGUUUUGGUGUGUUAGCUUUUAUGGAAUAAAUCGAUGCGAUUGAACGGAA